GGGACGCACGGAGCAGGAUGGGCUGCAGACACAGCAGGAGCGCGGAGAAGGUGGAGAAGAGGGAGACAGAGCUUCUGGACACACUGGACAAGGAGCAAAGGAUCCUGGAAGGACGGCAGGAGGAGGCCGGGCCAGUCCUCCAGACCUCAUAUGAACAGGAGAAAGAUGCUCUUACCAACUCAUUCCAAGAGACUAAAGCCCUGUUGCAGGACACCAGUGCAAAGCUGUGUGCAUCACAGGAGGCCGUGUGGGCCCGGAUGAACGGAGUGCAGGGGUACCUCCUUAGCCGGGUCUAUAACAGGCACAUCCAAGAUCACGGAAGCCCUGGUCUGUUCUGGGAGCAGGAGCUGGAGAGCUUGCACCAUGUCAUUGAGCUGAAGAAUGAGCGGAUUCAUGAGCUGGAGAGGGAGCUGCUCCUUGUGGACAUGCUGAAAGAAAAAAAUCUGAUGUUAGCGUUGAAAAAUACCACCCUGCGACAGGAGAUCGAGGACCUCCACUUUCGAGCCGGGAACCGGGCAACCAUGUCAAGGCAGUUCUGGAAAGAUGUGCUUCAGGUCCUUGAAAAGGGGUCACAGGAUGGCCCACUCUGCAGCAGACGGAGGAGCCACUGAGCCAACUGGGUCCUUGGGGCCAGCAACCUCCACCUCCACUGCCCCCUGCUAUACCACAGAGGUCUCCUCCUCACCUCGCCUUACAGAGAUGGGACCUGGGCCCACCAUGAUGCUUGGACUCAGCUCCCACCAAAGACUCUGGAGAAGACAGUGAGAGCCACUCUAUUGUUUUCUCAGCAAGGACAGGGUGGGGACAAGAUGUGGGUGUAAGCGUGUAGCCAGCAACCUCCAGAGUGUGGCCAUCAGGAUCACCCCAAGAAGUGCCCUUCCUUUGCUGGCCCAGGAGCAAGCGAGUGGAUGGAGUUUGUUCUCCCUCCCCUUCUCGCUCUUUCUAGGUCGUUCCAAGCCUGUCCGAAGGUACCCAAAGCCAUUUGGGGCCAUCUGACAAAGAGGAGCCAACCCCAGUCCGCAGGUCAUCAACUUGGCUGACAAGUCACCAACCUAUCAACUUAUUACUGCACCAAUACUUCUCACUCUGAGAAAAACGGUAAAACAUACAAGCUAAGGAAAAUAAAUACAAUAUUGUUUUAUUACCUGGAGGGGCGGGGUCUCCCCAGGUAGCCUAACCUUGAACUCAUGCCUCAGCCUCCUGAGUGCUGGGAUCAUGAGCAUGUGCUAACAUACCCAACUCGAUAAAGGACUGAAUUUGCCCCAGAGAUAAGAACUAUUAAUAUUUUGAAGCAUAUUUAUCUAAAGUUUUAAUGCAAAAAAUUAUUUUGUUAAAAAUUAAAUGG